GUUUGACUCUAUAAAUUUGAGCAAUUUCUUCUUUAUAAAUUCCACCGGAGCUUCAUUCUCUGAUCCGAACCGACCCAUUUACCAGAACAAAGAUCCGUCUCUCUCUCUCUCUCUCUCUCUCUCUCUCUCUCUCUCUCUCUCUCUCUCUCUCUCCGAAGCAACGAAGAAGAAGCAUAUCAUAACAUAGCUUAAUUCAUCUUCUUAGAUCUCUUUCAGUUUCAUUCAAUUCUUCAACAAUUCACAUUCAAUUUCUAAGUUUCUAGGGUUUCCGAUCUCUUCAUGAUUUUUUCUUUGACCUAAAAUUAAUGGCGUCAUUCCGACGAACGUUAUCUCCGGCGUAUCACGAUCGUCACUACACAAACGGCUUAUUUUCACCGUCAUCACCACCGUCUCACAAAAUUCCUUCAUCAAACGCUAAUUACUCUUCACUAGCUUCUUCGUUUCAGAAAUUAAUCGGUAGCGUUUUCAUGCGACGCUACAAUCGAAAAGGACAAUGGCGUAAAAUUGCAUUCAGGUGCGUCAUUUUUUUCUUCGCUGGUUUUCUAUUAGGAAUGUUCCCUUUCGGUAAUCAAAUUCAUGAAAUUCCUCAACAACAACAACAACGCAAUAACGUCGCUUUUGAUAUCAAUAAUACUCCACGCGCCGAUGCGCGAGUAAUUCUCGAUGAUCGUGUUCCGGCGAAGCGUGGUGGUGGUGAAGAUAAGGGUUUUGUGAUUGAUCCUAUUAGUUUGAGCUUGAAUAUGAACGCUGAGAAGAAGAAAGUGAAAUUGAAUGAUAUGGUUGAAUCUGGGAGGUUUGAUUUUGUAGCAAGGAAGCAAUUGAUUGUGGUUACUCCGACUUAUAAUCGUGCUUUUCAGUCGUAUUUUUUGAAUAGAUUAGGGCAGGUUUUGAGGUUGGUUCCGCCGCCGUUACUUUGGGUGGUGGUGGAAAUGAAUUCUGCUUCUAUGGAAACUGCUGAAUUGUUGAGGAAAACGGGUGUGAUGUAUAGACAUUUGGUGUGUAAAAAGAAUUCAACUGAUGUUAAGGAUAGAGGUGUUCAUCAGAGGAAUAGGGCUUUGGAGCAUAUUGAACAUCAUAAACUUGAUGGGAUUGUUUACUUUGCUGAUGAUGAUAAUGUAUAUUCUCUCGAGUUGUUUCAGACAAUGAGAGAUAUCAGUCGUUUUGGCACUUGGCCUGUCGCCAUGCUUGCACCAAGCAAGAACAAGGCUAUUUUGGAGGGUCCGGUAUGCAAUGGAAGCCAAGUGAUUGGGUGGCAUACCAAUGAGAAAAGUAAAAGACUUCGUAGAUUUCAUGUUGAUAUGUCUGGAUUUGCAUUCAACAGCACAAUCCUGUGGGAUCCAAAGCGGUGGCGACGCCCUACUUCAAAACCUAUACGGCAACUAGACUCGGUGAAAGAGGGUUUUCAGGAGACCACCUUUAUAGAACAAUUGGUGGAAGAUGAGAAUCAAAUGGAAGGUUCACCACCUGCUUGCAUGAAAAUAAUGAAUUGGCAUCUCCAUUUGGAUGUUCAUAAUGUAGUUUAUCCAAAGGGUUGGAUGCUUGAGAAAAACCUAGAUGCUGUGAUACCCAUCAAGUAAUCCUCCACCAAUUCUAUAGUGUGUGAUAGGUACAGUCAGAUUUGUAAUGUGGCAUAAAGAAUCUUAUUUGUAAUUCUUAAGCAAAUGCAGAAGCCGCUAACUUCUAAUUCUCAGUUUUGUUAAGCGGUGCUAUAGAAAAUAUAAUGUGGAUAACUUGAAAAGUUUGUCUCAUUUUAGGAUGUUGUAAUUGUAAGAGCAUUGUGUCAUCCUUAGACCCCUUCCCCUGAAAAAGAGAAAAAUUCCCAUUCUUAGGGUCACUGCAAAACAACUUGAAAUUCUUGUAGUUUAAGAAUUUUUUAUGGAUUUAUACCUUUUAUUUGGAGAGCAAA